CCACCACCCCCCUCCUCACACACAGUAACACCACACAAAAACACACAGUAAUAUUCUGUUUUCCAUAAAAGAUGUGCAGCAUCACUGCUACUACAAGCAAUGCUUCAUAUUUUGGAUUCUGUACCCCUUGUUAUAUAAACCCAAAAACCUGUAAAAAUCUUACCUUUUCCCUCAAACAACAAACAAAAGUUGUAGUCUUUGCGGCUAACAAUAAGCUUAGAAAUUGGGACCAAAUGGAGCUUAAGUUUGAUAAGUUAAUUCAUGAAAAUCCCAAACUUACCCUUGCUAAGAUAAAAGAUGGAAAAUCGAACACGGAACAUGACAAAGGAAAGAGACCCAAAGAACCACUUGUUAAGGCUCCGAAUGUUAUUCUAUGGAAGUCAACUACUUUCGACGACAGUGAUGUUGGGUCAAAGAUGUCAUCAAGUUUGUCCCUAAAACCUAAUAUAUCUCUGCAAAUGGGUAAAGAAGAUGACAAGGAACGGUUUAGUCAUAUGGUAUUGGUGAGCAAUCUUGAACCGCUUAUAAAAAAUAAUGAAGUAGAGACUGCAGUUAAUAUUAAAGAAAGUACACGCCAAACCGAAAAAUUCGAUCAAGCGUAUGGAGAUCACAAACGUCCAAAAAAUCUCGACUCGACUUCUGAAACUGGGAAAGUGGCUGCAACCGAUCCUGACCAAUUACGGAAAAGGAGGGAUAUAGUCGCUGAAUCUGUUUCGGAACCAUCUCCAGAUGCUACUUUGCAAGGACGGCCUGAAAGGUCGUUAGGCCAGCCUGUGAAAGAGAUGUUUGGCAUCGGGGGAAGGAAUACUAAGGUUGAGAGUCUAAUACCAUAUUUCGCUACAAGUGAAAACUUGCUUCCCGGAAUGUUCAUGAAGGAUGAUGAAGAAACGGACUGGAAACGGGCUCAAGAUAUGAUUAAGACUACCGGAAGAGGAGAAGUAGAAUUGAUAAGCUGUAGCACCCAAGGAUUUGUAGUUUCUUUUGGCUGUUUGAUAGGAUUUUUGCCGUAUCGGCAUCUUGCUACUAAGUGGAAGUUUUUAGCUUUUGAAUCUUGGUUGAGGGCGAAAGGCUUCGAUCCUGCUACAUACAAGAAAAGUUUAGGCGUUGUCGGAAACUUUGAUGCUACAAGCAUAGAUCCUGAAAAGAUCGAGGGGGAAAUAUCGCCGCAUAUGAAACUUGAGGAUCUUUUUGCAACUUAUAACCAAGAGAAACUUGCAUAUUUGUCAACCUUUGUCGGUCAGAAAAUCAAAGUGAAUGUGAUUUUGGCCGACAGAGAAUCUAGGAAGCUAAUAUUUUCGGUGAAGCCGAAAGAGCAGGAAGAGUCGAUCCAGCGAAAGAGAAACCUCAUGGCUAAGCUUAAAGUUGGAUGUUUAGUGACGUGUUGCAUAACAAAGAUUUCAUAUUUUGGAAUUUUUGUUGAGAUCGAAGGAGUGCCUGCGUUGAUACACCAGACGGAAGUUUCAUGGGAUGCCACUUCGAACCCCGCAUCGUCUUUCAAAAUUGGACAGGUCGUAGAAGCAAAAGUUCAUCAGUUAGAUUUCUCACUUGAACGUAUAUACUUAUCUUUGAAAGAAAUAACGCCAGAUCCGUUGACCGAGUCUUUCGAAGCUGUUAUUGGUCAUAAUGCUGUCUUGGAUGGUACAAUAGACGCAGAUCAACCGGAAAAUGAGUGGGCCGAUCUUGAUUCGCUUAUCAAAGGACUGCAGAGCUAUGAGGGUAUCGAGUUAGUAACAAAAGGGCGUUUUUUCUUGAGCCCGGGUUUGACUUUGACCCCAGCAUUUCAGGUAUAUAUGGUAUCCUUGUUCAAGAAUCAGUACAAAUUGCUUGUUCGAGCCGGAAAUAAAGUACAAGAGGUGAUGGUGCAGACUUGGCUAGAUACAGAGGAGAUGAAGCAUGCGAUUUUGUUGUGCUACAAGAGAAUUGAGUAAAUGCGUAUUUUAUAUAGUCAACUAGUUCUUGUACAGUUGGUUUGAUCAUGGUCUUCAGGCUAUAAGGGGUGUGCAUAAAACCGAAUCCUUUUUGAGUAACGAGUCAACACAGGGAACCAUUUUUGUAACCUGGACUGAAGUAGCGUUGUAAAUUUGUAAACUCGGGUAUACCUGUAAAGUGUGUAAUUAUUGAAUCUUGA